AUGGCUCUCAGCUUCAGAACAAGCCGUCAUGCCUCCAAAUUGGCCCAGGUGUCGCGCCCCCUCUUUUCGGCCCGACGCUAUGCGACCGCAGAGCCGGAUUUGAAAACCACCCUGAAAGAAGUCAUCCCAGCUAAACGGGAGCUUCUGAAGCAGGUCAAGGCUCAAAGCGAUGAAGUUAUCGGAGAGGUCAAGGUCGGUAACGUCAUUGGUGGCAUGCGCGGGCUCAAGGCCAUGCUAUGGGAGGGCUCUGUGCUCGACGCCGACGAGGGUAUCCGCUUCCACGGAAAGACGAUCAAAGACUGCCAGAAGGAGCUUCCCAAGGGUACAUCAGGAACCGAGAUGCUCCCCGAGGCCAUGUUCUGGCUCCUCCUUACCGGCCAGGUCCCCUCGACCGCACAGGUGCGCGCCUUCUCCAAGGAGCUCGCGGAGAAGUCACACGUACCCCCUCACAUUCUUGACUUGAUCAAGUCUUUCCCUAAGUCCAUGCACCCGAUGACUCAGUUGUCCAUUGCGGUCGCCGCACUCAACACCGAGUCUGAGUUCGCUCAGGCCUAUGAGAAGGGUCUUAACAAGGCGGACUACUGGGAGCCUACUUUCGAUGACAGCAUCUCGCUGCUAGCCAAAAUUCCCCGUGUCGCCGCACUCGUAUUCCGACCCGAUGAGGUUGAUCUUGUUGGGAGCCAGAAGCUUGAUGUGUCUCAGGAUUGGUCAUACAACUUUGCUGAAUUGCUGGGUAAGGGUGGCUCGGAGCAUGAGGACUUCCAUGACCUGCUCCGUCUCUACCUGGCUCUGCACGGUGACCAUGAGGGUGGCAAUGUCUCCGCUCACGCCACUCACUUGGUUGGAAGCGCCCUGAGCGAUCCCUUCCUUAGCUACAGCGCUGGUUUGUUGGGUCUGGCUGGUCCACUGCACGGACUGGCAGCCCAGGAGGUCCUGCGCUGGAUUCUGGCGAUGCAGGAGAAGAUUGGCACCAAUUUCACUGACGAGGAUGUCCGAACCUACCUCUGGAACACCCUUAAGUCUGGCCGCGUCGUUCCCGGCUAUGGACAUGGUGUUCUCCGCAAGCCAGAUCCGCGUUUUGAGGCUUUGAUGGACUUUGCUGCUACUCGCCCUGAUGUCCUUGCUAACCCGGUGUUCCAAUUGGUCAAGAAGAACUCUGAGAUUGCUCCCGGUGUCCUGACUGAGCAUGGCAAGACUAAGAACCCCCACCCCAAUGUCGAUGCCGCCUCUGGUGUGCUGUUCCACCACUACGGCUUCCAGCAACCCCUGUACUACACUGUGACCUUUGGUGUGAGUCGUGCUCUUGGACCUCUUGUCCAAUUGAUCUGGGACCGUGCUCUGGGAAUGCCCAUUGAGCGUCCCAAGAGUAUCAACCUUUUGGGUCUCUUGAAGAAAUAA